UUUACAAUUUUUUCAAGUAAAGGCACAGACGUAACACAUACGGGGGAGAAGGAACGAGAGCGGUGCCAAAGAAAAGAACAGAGUAAAAAUCAAAACUCUCAAGUUUGCCUAACCUAAUCCGAUAGUGACCCUCUAACCUAAACUACUAAAAAUAAAUACCUAACCUAGGUAUUUGGAAACACUUGGAAACAAUUAAGUGGCAAACACACACGCAGGAUUAUACAAGCACAACAAAUGACAUGCGGAUAAUUACAGAAUACAGUGGAAAUGAGCAAGUAUGGCAUGAAGCCAGGCGACGGAGAACGGAAGGGUUUUUGAAUUGUCGCGCUGUUUCGGAUUGGGUGCUGGAGCGGGGCUCGAAUGAUGAGUGACGUGCCGGGAACCAAUAGCAGACGGACACCUAAAUGAAGGAGAUGCGUGGAGAGGAGAAUGGAAAAACACAGAGGAGGAAGAAAACAACAAAACAAACACAUACACACGCGUGGGGACGUAACACCUGAUUUCCAUCUCUUUAUACAGUAUAUAUAACCGAGCGAUUCUGUCAUCUCACACAGCACAGCUCCACUCUCUGAUCCAGAGUCCAGCAGCUCCUCUCUCUGAUCCAGAGUCCAGCACCUCCUCUCUCUCUGCUUGCAGACUCCAGUCAAAAUGAACACAGCGAUGAAAAUGAGCGCUCUGCUGAUCGUCAUGCUGCUCGGCUCUCUAGAGCUUGUCUCUUCUGAUAAGGACUCUUGGGUAGGGGCGGACUGCUGCACACGCUAUGAAAGAAAGAGGAUCCCACUACCAAUGGUGGUCUCCUGGCAUGAAACCAGCAGCAGCUGUGCCAAAGCAGCAGUAGUAUUUGUAACCGAGCUCGGAAGGCGCCUAUGUCUAAAUCCCUCCGAGGGCUGGGUGCGCAGUCACAUGACUCAGGUGGACAGCGGGUCAAGGAAAGUCACAACCGUGUCAAUCAAAACCAUAUCCCGAGGCCCUCCCCACUAAACUCACAGGCUGUCACUCACCACAAUGACUUCCUGUUGGACUCUGAAUUUGAACUGAAAAACAGAAGAGGAGUGUCAAUAAAUUAACUGUUCUUUCCCUAUUUGUUAUUUAUUGAUUACACUGUAAAUUAAAUAUUCUGUUAAAUAAAGCCUUUU